AUGAAGCUACUAGCAAGGCUUGGCCCAGUGCUCGCAGCUUUCGCGCUGGUCUCAUCGGCUUCAUCAGACUUUGAAGUUGUGCGUCGAGAAGCUGGUCCCAGCAAUGCAACUUUCGUGCACGACACCGGCAGUGGAUCUGUGGUGUUCGCCGUAGCUGCUGUAAAAGAUGUCGGAGACCUAUACUUCCAUCUCGAGGCCCCUGCAGAGUAUAGCUGGGUUGCUGUCGGGAGUGGAGAGGAGAUGGACGGAAGUCUCAUGUGGGUUGCAUAUCGCAGUGAGAACGGAACCGGCGUGACGCUGUCAUCAAGAACCUCAGACGGCCACGUUGAGCCUUCCUACAACAGUGGCAUCGACUGUCAGAUCUCCACCAGAAACGGCACCUCGAACGGGAUCAUCAAGAUCAACAACCGAGACAUCCUCGCCGUAAAUGGCGUCUGCAAGAACAUCACCAGAAUCACCGCUAGCGAUAGCAAAGGAGCCAUAGACCUGACCAGCUCAUCCCAAAACUUCAUUUUUGGCCUCGGUCCUACAGGGAAGACCAUCCAAUCGGACAGCAAAUCUGCCGGCAUACGCCGCCACACGCUUUACGGCCAGUUCUCUCUCGACCUCUCGAAAGCCACCGUCGCAAACACUGAGGACGUUGAUGAAGCGCAGUUGAGCAGUGUUGGCAACUGGCAGAACGCCAACGCGCAAGUCGUUGGCGAUGUCACGAGUGACCGCGACUGGAGCGGGCCAGCCCAUGUUGUGCUUAUGGGUGGUGCUUUCGUUAUUGUGUUCCCGCUUGGUGUUGUCUUCCUGAGAGUGUUGGAGAAGGUGAAGUGGCAUGCUUGGAUGCAGGGCGUGGGUAUGGUGCUCGCUAUCAUUGGUUUGGGUGUAGGCAUCUAUCUUGGGAGGGAAUACAACCAUUCCAAAGAUUUCAACAGCGCCCACCAGAUUAUCGGUUUAAUCGUCGUCCUAUUCGCGCUCGUCCAAUUCACUCUGGGCAUGCGGCACCACAGAGUCUAUGUGCGAUCCCAACGACCCACCACAUUCGGCCGAAUUCAUCGUUACAUCGGCCCGCCUUUGCUCCUCCUCGGCGCCAUAAACGGCUUUCUGGGCUUCAAUCUCGCAGGUGAGGACGACGACAACAUCUGGUAUGGCGUUAUUGUUGGAGUUAUAAUUGUAGCGUUGGCUGGGUCACUGUUCUGGGCUAGGCGAAGACGUGGUGGCAAGGCCGCGAAAUUGGGACGAGGUAAUAUGGGGAGGGAGUCGUAUGAGGGGGGGCAUAUUCCGUUGACAAAUAUGGGACAUGGUGGAUAGAAAG